GUUGCUUUCAAUCAAAUAUUCUAGAUCUUAAACCGUGUGCUAACAUAUUUGCCAGUUCUGUUGCAUGUGUACAAGCUUCUUACAUAGGAAUAGAAUUGACGCAUCCGUAUAUAAAUAAACAAAAUUUAUUUUUCGAGCGUUAAAAAUUCAAAAUUCGCUUCUCGGUAAAUUUCUUUAAAAAUUUACAGUUUCGGAAUACAAAAAAAUUUAUAUUUACAAUUUUCGUAAAAUCAAAAGUUUUAGAAAAGUUCUGCCUAAAAUAAUAAAAGUACAAAAAUGCAUAAAUAUUGUCACGACUACUCGCAUCGCAUGUGCAACAACUGUUGCGGUGACACAGCAAUGCUGCCACGCAAUUGCUCGAGUUGCAUUUGGCCGCGCCAAAUCAACCACGAUGAUUGGAAAUGCUAUACACGCUCCCCAACGGAUCUUUAUAAGAAAAAUUUGAAGCAACAAUUGAACACACUGCUGUGGCAACGAGCAAAACGUGCGCGCAAGCCGCCUGCCUCAAUGAUAAACCUUCACACAGCAAAGCCGUUGCAAGACGAAAAAUCUGUGCAUCACGCAACAACAACAAACCAGCAGAAAAGGAAAACAAGCAAGAAAAAACAACAGAAAGUAAAGCGGCCGGCUGAAAUUAUAAUCGAGAAGCCAAACGAGUGUCAGAGUGGCUACCUGCGCACGCUUGCCGAAACACCAAACUGCGAUUUUCAGCGCAUGCGCACGCUGCUCGUGCAACAAGCAUUAUUUAACGAAUGCAAUUGCGAUCCGUACGACUUAUUGCCGCAUGUGCCGCUCACUUUUUACCCGAAGUGGGCAGGCAGUGGCUAUUAUGACAAUAAUCUGUGUGUUAGGGAUGAGUUCGUCACAAAUUUACUUAGCUACAUCAGCAGUGACGGCCAAUCCUGUCUGAAUGUUAAAAAGAUGUUGAGCAAAGAAUUUCUCGCCAGCUUAAAUACAUUAUAUGCAAAUGUUGGCGGUGGCAAGGACGCUGCGUUCGGCUUUAAGAAUUACAUUUGCCAACCAGCCGGGGAGCAUGAAUUUGAGGGAUUCUUCGGUAGUUUGACUGCGCCACUCCUCAAUGUCACACCUCAUGUCCGGCACAAUAAACUUAUUCAGCCACGCGCUAGCAAAUCGCUUACGGAUAGAGGUACCCUCUUCAGCUCCAAUCGCAGAAUGACGGCAUUUCAUUCAGUAAAUGAUACUCCUAUUUCCGCUGAGUCAUCUAGUCAAUCAUUUAGGUAUCCUACUGAAUUGCAUACGGUUCAGAAGCGUCAUUUCAAAACUUCGCCGAAGCAGAUUCUUAGAUAUUUGGGUCGGCUCAAGGUUAGUAAGGCUAGUAAGAAAUUUAGCUGAUUUUAUGUCAGACCUGGUGUGGCAUGCAUGCAUAUUUACAUUGCUUAUAUAUGUACGUAUGUAAGUAUAUUAGUUAUGGUUUUGAGGAUCAUCAUUGAGAUCAUCAUAUACUUGUAUGUACUCGUAUGUAUGCAUGCAUGUAAAUAUGCAUAGUUUUGUUUAUUUAUUAUUUUAUGCGCUGGAAAAAUAAAAUGUAAACAUUUGUAAACUCAAUAAAAUUCAAGUUUAGAAAUUCACUCAAUAAAAAAAUUACCGAAAAAAAUUU